UUCUACUCUCACGCCUCCUUCUCACGUCUCCCAAACUCCCUCAGUUCUCUCACGAGUCACGCCUCCCUCUCCCUCAGCCUCACUCUGCGCCGCUCCCGCUCAACCGUGCUUAGCUUAGGGAUGCUCCAGUAUCUUGUUGCUGAGAUCAAUUUUGAUGCAGAACAUGGAAGUUCUUCGGAAGAUGGGGAAGUACACAGGUAUAACUUCAGAGUGUGCUGUGCAAUGGAUAACAAACAUUAUGUGCCAAUAUCAAAACAACCGCCGAUCUCAGCACAAGUAGUCAUAGGAACUCCUGGUACGAUCAAGAAAUGGAUGUCAAAUAGGAAAUUGGGCGUGACUAAAAUCAAGAUUCUUGUUUUUGAUGAGGCUGAUCACAUGCUUGCCGAGACAGAGCAGUGCUGGUUGCUUGUUGAAGACAGAGCAGUGCUGGGUGGACGUAAAAGGCCUACAUUUACAUUCAAAUGAGAUCAGUAGUUAAUCUGUUUUUUUGUAGCAGAAGUAUUUAUGGGUUCCUGGGAAAUUAUGCUGGCCUAGCAGAAACCAUUAGAGUACACUAAGCUUGAUACUUUGCUGGUUGAUCUUGGGUUUACUUCACUUGCAUUUAUGGAAAUGUUAUUCCAUUGACUCA